GUUUUGACCGUUUCUUUCUCGAAACUCUCUUUCUCGACCGAAAAUUCUCACGCUUGCUUGCUCCUCCAGCUUCUUUUUGACCCUUACAUAAAUACCCUAUUAGUUUUUCUUUGUCAUCUCUCCCUCUGCCAAAACCUCAUUUCUGAUUUUGUUCGUUACAUUUUUAACAUCUCACCAGAAGAAACUCCAAGAUUUGCCACUGUUUCUCAUCUGAUUUUUGUUUUUUUGUCAGUUUUGAGUAAUUUCACAUUUUUUUAAAGAAAUUAGCAAAAAAAAAAAACAGUGCAUGGGUUUUAGAUGUUAUUGAAUACGGUUUAAGAGUAGAGAGAGAAAUGGGAUGUUCUCAUUCCAAGUUAGAAGACGAAGAAGCUGUUCAGAUCUGUAAAGACAGGAAACGUUUCAUCAAACAAGCCAUACAACAUCGUACCAACUUCGCUUCUGCUCACAUUGCUUACAUCAACUCACUUAGACAAGUCUCUGAUGCUCUCAAUGACUUUAUCCAAGGAGACAACUACAAGCCUCACCAGUUUAUUCCGAGCCACGACUCAUUCGAGGUGACUCCAGUUAAGAGAAUACCACCGAGCAACCGCCGUAGAAGCAACGGCGAGUUCAUCACCAUCUCGCCUUCUUCUAUGCCUUCUAAAAUGAUUCAAGAUAAGCCAAGAACGAAGGUGAGAGCGAACUACUUGAUGGCUAACAGAAGCAGACCGGUUCGUGUAGAACAGAGAUCCCCUGAAACGUUUCGUGUUGAGUCAUUUUCACCGCCGAGUCACCAAUACAGAGAAGAAGCAGAUGGUUUCUUUGGGAUGAAUAUGAAUAUGAACAUGAACACUUCUGCAGCUUCUUCUUCUUCUUCGUUUUGGAACCCGUUGAGCUCUCCUGAGCAAAGGUUAAGCACUCAUAACAUUCCACCUCCUUCACCGCAGACUUCUCAGUGGGACUUCUUCUGGAAUCCUUUCUCUUCAUUAGAUUAUUAUGGUUAUAAUUAUGAUAGGGCAAGUGUUGAUAAGAGUGGUGCCAUGGAUGAUGAGAUUAGAGGAUUGAGACGUGUUCGAGAGGAAGAAGGGAUUCCAGAUUUGGAGGAAGAUGAUGAACCUCAACCUCCGAGGUCUCAGAAUCAUCAUAACUUGAAAGCAAACGAAGCAAGUAGAGGUAAUGUUGAUAAGAGUUGUUGCAAUGAGGAAGUUAAAGUUGAAGAUGUUGAUGAGAGUGAUGAUGAGGAUGAUGAUGGGGAGUUUACGGAUAGUGGUUGUGAAAGUGAGAAGGAAGGAGAUGAUGAGAAAUGCGUCGGAACGCAAGAACAGCGAACCGUUGAGGUGCCUAAAGUAGAAACUACAGAUAAUGUGGUUGGAGUUGGGAACGUUGAAGAGGUGAAGAAUGUUGCUAAUGUUGCUAAAAGAGAUACGCCAGGUUUCACGGUGUAUGUGAACAGGAGACCAACGAGCAUGGCAGAGGUAAUCAAAGAUCUUGAAGAUGAGUUCACAACUAUUUGUGAUGCGGCUAAGGAAGUCUCGGGGCUUUUGGAAGCUAACAGAGCUCAGUACACAACAUCUCCUAAUGAUCAUAGUGCCAUGAAGAAGCUGAAUCCUGUAGCUUUGUUUCGCUCUGGAUCAUCAAGAUCUUCUUCUUCAAGAUUCUUGCUCACUUCUUCUGGUGGUUCUGAAACUAGAAGCGAUGUUUCAGAUGAAUCUUGCAUGGUUUCAGGUAGCCACCAAACAACAUUGGACAAACUUUUUGCGUGGGAGAAGAAACUCUACGAUGAAGUUAAGUCUGGAGAACGUGUUAGAAGAGCAUACGAGAAGAAAUGUAUGCAGCUAAGGAAUCAAGAUGUUAAAGGAGAUGAUCCGUCUUCGGUUGAUAAAACAAGGGCUACAAUAAGAGACUUAGACACACAGAUAAAGGUCUCUAUACAUUCUAUUGAAUCCAUCUCCAAAAGGAUCGAGACUCUUCGUGAUCAAGAACUGUUGCCUCAGCUUCUCGAGCUUGUUCAAGGAUUAACAAGGAUGUGGCAAGUGAUGGCAGAGAGUCAUGAGAUACAGAAACGAACACUAGACGAGGCCAAAAUGUUACUUGCAGGGACACAGGUUUCAAAGCGUCAGAAGAAGAGACAACACCCUCCAGUAAUGCCAGAGACCAUCAACUCUCAAAGAUUACCUCAGUCUGCUUUAAAUCUUGAAGCUCAGAUUCGAAACUGGAGAGCCUGCUUUGAGUUCUGGAUCACGUCCCAAAGAUCCUACAUGACAGCAUUGUCUGGUUGGCUUCUCAGAUGUCUCAGAUGUGAUCCUGACCCUGAGAAAGUUAGAUUAUCCUCAUGUCCUCACCCUAUAUACCGACUCUGCAUCCAAUGGUCAAAGAUACUUAACAGCUUGGACGUGAAGCUGGUUUUGGACAAACUCGAGUUCUUUGCCUCCGGGAUGAGUUCAGUAUAUGCAAGACAGGUUAGGGAAGACCCGAGUCGGAGCGGAAGCGGGUCAAGGAGAUAUUCCGGGUCAGAAGGCUUGGACCUAGUAGUGUUGGCUGAUGAAGAUGUUGUAAUGACUGCUGAGAAACUUGCAGAGGUUUCUGUUAAAGUUCUCUGCCAUGGGAUGUCUGUUGCAGUGAGCUCACUAGCUGAGUUUGCUAUCAACUCGGCUGAUGAACACUCAAAGCUUAUUAACCUACCAGAGGACGCUGCUGACGCCACAUCAGGGCAACAACGUCCACAUGUAAAUUUCAACACCUAACUGUUAUUUUGUUUUGUUUGGUGUUAAGAGAGUUUAGAAAUGAGGUUAGGUUUCUGGCUAUCAUCUUUUGCUAUCAAAAUAUAGUUUUUAGAUGGAUGAGAUUUGUAUUUUAUUAGUAAGACAAACAGAGUUAGUUCAGUUGAUAUUGAGGAUGAACAACAAAGAGUCUUCCAAUUUCAUUAUUGAGGUGGCAAUC